AUGCAUCCUGGGAUUGUCAGGCUCCUCCUCCUCCUCCUCGCUCUGCACCCUCUGACCUCAGCUCACCUGGAGGAGGCGGAGAAGUUGCCUCUGGAGGUGAUUGUGGACAGUUCCCCCUGCAGUGCCACCUGUGGGCUGGGUGUGAAAACACAAACCCUGUGUCUGCUAAAAGAUGGACGGACAGCCAUGAAGGAGGAUGUGAGCAGAAGAGACAGAGCACAGGUGUCGGAGAAGUGUCGUGUUCGUAAGGUGAGGUGUCAGGAGUCGUGGCAGUGUGGACUCAUGACCAUGACUGUGACUUCAGGAGAGAGGGUGGAGGUCGACUGUGUGGGAGACGUCAUGGAGGCGGUGGGGAGGUUCUCCUGGAGGGUGUCUUGGCGUUUGGCUCGAGGAAUCAUCAGCUCUGAUGACUUCCUGUUCGCUCGCUGGGACGCUCCUCUGCUGGAUCGAGUGGUUCUUGAUCCGGUUAGGGAGGAGGACGCAGGAACUUACUGCUGUGACGUGCGGGAUGCCUCCUACCGCAGGGUGAAGAGGGUCUACUGGGGGAUCCGGGUUUUGCCCGUCGGGGUCCUCAACCUGAACGUAAACUACCUGGAUCAGAACAAGUCUGAUGGAGACCAGAAUAACCCGACCAUGGAAGAGCUGGACUACUGGACUCAUGUGAUCUUUCCCUGCGAUUGGCUGGUGAGCAGUCCAGGGUGUAACCCCGCUUCCCGUUCAAUGACAGCUGGGAUCGACUCCAAUCCCCUGUGA